AGAUCAAACUACACUAGAGAUGCAAAACGCAGAGUCUAACGGCAAUUAUACCCCAGUUCCUACAGUAGAUCCACAUAGUGAUCCAUCGGCAGACCCACUGGUAGUCACACCGGCAGACCCACUGGUAGUCACACCGGCAGACCCACCAGUAGUCACACCGGCAGACCCACCAGUAGUCACACCGGCAGACCCACCGGCAGACCCACCAACAGACCCACAGACAAACCCACCACCAGUCACAACAGCAGACUCAACAGUACCAGCGGUCAGGAAUCGAGUCAAUGGCGUCUUGCCAGAAGUUUCAGAGCCAAAGCCCCCUAAGGUACGUGUACCAUGGGAUCAAGUGUGUCAGUUUUUAUCUUCUGAGCUCUGUGGAUCUCCUGACUUCAGAAUGGUGUUACGGUCAAUCAUGGGAAAAUCGGGUUAUUUAAAUGGAGAUGGCCUCAUUAAUGAACAUACACAUAACUAUCCCCGUGAUGUGAAGGAAGUGAUUUACCAGGUGUUGAGUGACUGGACCAAGAAGUCUCCCCGCUGUACACUUGACAUGGUCUUUGAGGGUCUGAGGGAGGAGAAUCAAAAUCUGAUAGUCAGCAAACUGCAGGAGAAGGAAUUUUUAAAAAAAUAUUCAGAAGAAAGUGGAGAGUCAAUAAGUUAAACUGAUGUGCCUGGUAAGCUUCGAUCAUCAAAACUGACACGGUUAUUAUACACAGAUUGGAAAAACAUUUACAGUCAAAAGUUUGAAAGCAGUUUAACUGGUGGGGAUGGAGAGUGUUUGAAUUCUAAAGGCCAAAUGGGGCUUCAGAGAAUAUAGUUAGUGAAGAUGUUUUAUCUUUGGAGACAUCAAGCUUUUGAUAAUAACAGACAGAAGGAAUACGUUUACUGAACAUCAGCAAUAUUCAGUGUGAGGAAACCAAGCAAUAGGUAGAGUCAUGUUGGCAGGAGUCCAGUAUCUAAAUACAGCAGGGAUUCUAGCACAGAUCUAGAGGCAGAAAAGAAUUUUCCCCAAAGGGAAUAAUCAGUAAAUGAAAUUUUAAUGAAAAGGAGAUUAUGUGUGGCCCAUGUGUAUAGAAAAGGUAUUAAUCUGAUGGUUAUUGAUUUGCUAUCACAAGGAUGGAUUUUCAAAACUGAUAUUUGAGUGAAAAUAAUUCCGUCUAUGAGUUAUUGCUCAAAUUUCGGUACAUGCAAUGGUACUUAGGGUAAGGUAUUUGCUGUUUUUUUUUAGAUUUUUGUAAGUUACCUAAAUAUUUGAAGCUGAUUUAUCAGAUAUGUAACAUCUGUUUAUCGUAACUAUCCUCAAAAUUUCCUGGAUAGCAUUCACUGUUACUCUCUGUACAUCAGAAAAAGACACAGAAUAUAACCCUUUGAUAUGGAGGUUCAUCAGAAAAGUGAUAUUACCAGGAUAAGUAGAAGUCUCAAAAUUCCAGAGGUUACAUUCACUAUUUCUCUCAUAAAGUGUGUUCCUUUGAUUUGGAGAUUGGCUUUAUCAAAAAGUGAUAUUACCUGGUGAUGAACAGAAGUAGAAUUUGUUCAUCAUAUCCUUGAAAUUCACACUGCAUAAGUAACACAUUGAUUUCGAGACUGUGCUUAUCACAAACGUGAUAGUAGAAGUAUUCAUGAAUUUUGUAACAUUUUGCACUGGUUGUUCAGAAUAACUUAGGUGUUGUAUGUGUACAAAGCAACAAAGUUCAAGAGUAUAACAAGUCAGGGGCUCAAAUAAGUAUUUCAUGUUGGGAAGGGAAAAUGUAUAGAAUUAAACCGGUGCUGUUAUUAUUUCCAGUGCAUCACCCAUACUAUUUACUUUUACUUGCAUGUUUUGAUCUCUACUUUCAUUUUCCAUAUAUUUCAUUCGAUGCAUAUUUUCCUUCACUAAUACUUGAGGAUAAUAUUGUACAUGUACAUUCAUAUUGUUUUAAUGCAAUUAUUGUGAAUAGAGGAGAAGAGGAUUAAAUAUUAUAAUAUAUUAAAUAUGAAUAUUAUUAUGAUCAUAGAGUAACUAGAAAAGUUUUUCAUAAUGUGUUAAAUUAGGAAAACUUUCUCUAAAAUUUAUAAAUGCCAGUAGGACAUUUCAACAUUCAAAGAGCUGGGUAGAUACUUAGGGAAGUUAUUCAAAAUUCGAGAUUCUAUGUUAUAAUAAUAUUUCUUAUCAAGUAAUGUAUAUAUUUUAUAUAUUGAAUACAUUCACAAUUAAUUCAAAAUUAUCAAUUAAAGCUUUUCCAAGAACAACAGAUAAGACUUUAAUAUUUUUUAGAAUAUUUCUCUGAAACUGAUUAUUACAGAUUUGUAUGCCUCUUUGCUUACCAAGCAUUAAAAUCCAGUACUUCCUCUAUCUUCACAGUGAAAAGGAGAGUAUUGUAUUGAACCCUAUUGGCAAGAAAAGAUGAUUUUCAUGAUAUGGAUGUCAGUUAAUGUCGACAGAAUUGAAAUUAAAUUAAUUUUGGAUCUGUAAUUUAUUAUUAAUUUAAAAUUGAUCUAUUUAUAUGAUUUAUAGUGGAGAAAUAUGAGAAGUUCAAUCUUUAAAGCAUUAGUAGUCAGUACAUCAACAACUUUAUAACUAUCAUAGAUUAAAGUUGGAAAUUAUUUGGUAUGUAAUAUUAAAAAGUGAAAUGUUAAAGAAAAAAACUGAUGUAAGUCAGAAUACUUUUCGAUGGAAAUUUUAGAUUGAAGUUUUUUGUUGGAUUCAUAUUAUUUGCCUCUUCAUUGCCCAAGUAGUUAGUAUAAAACAAAAGUAUGCAAAUAGAUACACUGGUAUCACGUGUAAAUAUAGUAACACAGGUACAGUGCAUGUGUACAUGUUAAUGUACACAAUGGGAUUAUUAAUUCUGCUCUGUAUACUUCUCCACAAUUUGUUGUUUAAAGAUAAUGUAUAAAUAUGUAAUAUUAUCCAUGUGAUAAUAGGUAAUUACAAAAUGAUAGGAUGUAUACAUUAUAUAUGUUAUUGAUAUGUGAUGAUUUGUUGAAAAUAUUUUUAUUUGCUUCGUGUAAGAUAUGGAUCGUGUCUGUUAAGUGUAAGAUAUUUGAUAAUUUGUUUUUACUCACAGUUUGUUUUUCACAAUCAGUUUAGAUAUAAAAUUAAACUCAUAACAUUGAUGAGGCAAAGAGUACUAAUUAUUAAGUUGAAAUUUAGAUGACUUGCAUUAAAAUGUGACAACAUUUCAUAAGCUCACCUAGCUGAAGGUCUGCUGAGCUUAUGCCAUGGCACAUCGUCUAUUAGCCUUUGUCCAUCAACAUUUCCUUUAAAUCUCUACUUGUCCGGAACGCCUGAAUUGAUUUUGAUAAUUUGGUCUGAAUUAAGUAUUAUUGGGAAAUUAGGACACCCAAUUUUUGUAUGGCCGUCUGGAGCCAAUGGUUUAGGGCUGAAUUAGGGAAAUUGAGACAAAUCUUUUAAAUUUUUGCUAGUCCUGAAUGACUGAAUGGAUUUUGAUGAUAUUUGAUCGAGCGUUAUUUGGGAAAGGAGAUUCAAUGUCGUAUAAACAGAGCCAGAGGGUGUGGGGCCGGAGGGGUGGGGACCAAUAGGGGAAAUUAGAAUAUACUUAAAAACUUUAAUAUCCUUCUUCUCUGAAAAUGACUGGUUUUUGGUUUAAACAGUAUUUAUUAUCAAUGGUAUAUACAAUACAUGGGUCAAUAUAUACAAUAAUUGGAAGUUAGGGAUUUGGCAACAAGAGUUUGCUCUUAUUUAAAGCCAUCUCCCUAUAAAACCGACUGGUUUUUGCCACAUUUGGUUUGAAGCAUUGUUGUUGGUAGAGGGAAACAGGGAAAUAUUUAUGAUAUGAUUUAUUUGAGAGUAUAUUGACAUAAUUACUGAAAUAUCCAGGUGAUUGAUGUCCUUCUGGGACUCUUGUUCAGUUAUUUAGAAAUUCCUUCCAGAGAAUCCAAUUUUUGUCCCUUUGCUACAAUGCAGGUACAUAAAUUGAAAAAUGUCCUGAAACAGGUACUGUUUAAUAUCUGUUUCUGUAUCAAAACUGACCCACUAUCUGGUACACAAGAUUUGGUUAAAUUUGAUGAUUAGAUAUGAUUAAGUUGCUACAUCUUCUUAUAUGUUUCAUGCACCUACUGUUUAAAACAAUCUGACUUAAGAUCUUUUUCAAAUGAAAUUCAUGAUUUAGAAAUGAAAUUUAUGAAAUACUCGUGCUGUGUGUUCAUGCAGAUAUGUCCAUGCGUCCAUGAAAAUUCAUGUAUAAAAUUUAAUGUACCUAAUUAUAUAUAAUGAUACAAGAUGUUGCAUGAACCCCUUGGCAUAUCUUUUUCAUAUUCACACAUUAACAUUACACCAUCAAGAUCUACAUCUGUUUAGCUUUCAUUGGUUAUCAGUCAAGGGUAAGGGACAGAGGCUGUACAUGCAUGACCACUUUCAAAAUAACGAGCUUUAAAUGACUGUGUAGCAAAUAUCUUGUGGACCCCUGGAGAGAUUUCAUUGAUAAGAGUAAUGGGGUAUACAUAUACUAGCAUAUUUCUGUGUGAGCCUUAAACAUUUGCUGCUUAUUUGGCUUUUAUUUUAGAUGUGUAAGGUUACAUAUAUCCUUAACUUAAGUAGCUUUAUUUACUUUUAAUUAUUUUCUUUAUUUAUAUGUUACCUGAGUAUACACAUCAACAAUCAGCAUUAAAUUCUCGGGUAGUUCAUAUAUUUUUCUAGCUUGUCAAAUAUAUCACUAUAGGUAACCAAAGAUUUUAUCCCCUCAUUAAAUUAUUAUCAGAGCUUUUUCAAGUUAAUGUUGUGAAAGUGAAUGUCAACAAAAAGAAUCAGAAUUGAGAAAUGGCAUUAAUGUUGUAAUUUUGUGAUUGUCUGAAAAAAAUAACCUAUUACCUAUUUUCAAAUCUAUAAACAAUAUUCAUUAUUGAUACUGUAAUCAUGGUCAUUAAUUUUAGAAUGAAUAAUAUAUAUUGUGGUUUUUGUUUAAGAUAUAUGAACCAUUUUAACAUCUGUAAAAUAAUAUCUAUUUCUCCAGUUAAAUCUUAUGUAUCAAAUAUGACUUGAUCAUGCAUACAUAAUAACAAAUAAUUCAUAGGUA